UCUGGGAUUGUGUACGAGUUCCUAUUCUUGUGCCUCUUCUUAAAUUGGCAAUGUCUAUAUGCAUAUUGAUGUCGGUGAUGCUGUUUCUUGAAAGGGUGUAUAUGGCAAUUGUAAUUGCCUGCGUUAAAUGCUUAGGGAAAAAAAGGUACACCAAUUAUAAGCUCGAUGCCAUGAAAGAUGACCUUGAGCAGAACAAGAACUACCCAAUCGUGUUGGUCCAAAUUCCCAUGUUCAAUGAAAAGGAGGUUUACAAGCUUUCAAUUGGAGCAGUAUGUGGGCUUACAUGGCCAUCAGAUAGGCUUAUUGUGCAAGUUCUUGAUGACUCUACUAACGAAUCCCUAAGGAUAUCAGUCGAAGAAGAAUGUCAGAAGUGGAUUCAGAGAGGGGUUAAUGUUAAGUACGAGACAAGGAAGAAUAGGAAUGGUUACAAGGCUGGUGCUCUACGUGAAGGUCUAAAAAAGCAUUAUGUUGAUGACUGUGAGUUUGUUGCAAUCUUCGAUGCUGACUUUCAGCCUGAAAAUGACUUUCUUUGGAGGACAAUCCCUUAUCUCCUAGAAAACCCAGAAUUGGCACUGGUGCAAGCAAGAUGGAAAUUCGGUAAGGACAAAUCUACCAACAGAAGUUUUAAAACUAUAUCAAUAGCAAUGUCCGAUAUUGCAUUGUUGGGGCAGUUAGAACUCAUUGCGCAAUGAAGAGUUAGCUUAAGAUUAUAAUACAAAUUUAAAAAAUAAGGUAUUGUCCAUAAUAGGAGUAAAAUAUGGACCAAGUUCACAAAUAUGAGAAAUUAUGUUUUAUUCCAAAAAUAUGACUUGUUUAGUCCUAGUGAAAGAAUAAAAGCAAUUAAGGUUUCUUUUUUAGGAGUGGAUGGGUCAUGUUUUGAAGGGGGGACAAUGGUGGUACUGUUACAGGAUACAUAUCAUGUUUUAGUCCUAUUUAGAGAAUAUCCUCAAAAAAUUACAAAUACUACUAUAAAUCUUAUUAAAUUAUAUACUAAUUCUUUAAAAUUCGAUAAAUUUCAUGGUGAUUAGUGAAAAGAAACAAUAAUGAGGACAUGAACCCAUACAAUAAGUUCAAGCAUCAUAUGAUAGAAAAUAUUUCAUACUCCAUUAAAGUUUAACAUUUACUAGACUGAGGAAUGAAAAAAUUGAGUCCUCAAUAUUUAGUGGUUUAGAAGGUUAAAAAGCAAUCAAAGCCACUAUAUUUCUUUGUUUGAUUUUUCCAUAACCUUCUGUGUUGACAUUGAAAUUCAGAACAUUAAUUACAUUAGUGUUUCAAGGAGCGUGCAAAAAGAUGACGGAGAACUGGAGCAAUAAUUAUAAGGCUAAAGGGUCAAAUAUGUACAUGAACUAACUUAAAGUGCUCAAUUAGACCCUUAUAUAGGAGGUUCUGCCCGGGCGUCGUCAAUUGGGGCAGUUCCUGGUUGAAUUUUUUGAUGAAAAUUUUUGAGCAUCUUUUUCAUUAAGUCUAGUUUACCCAUACCAAAUUUCAACUAAAAAUUAAAUCGGGAAGACACUCAAAUGAUUUUCCGAAAUGUACUGAGUUGUUUAACUGCGGAGUUAUUUUCAACAAACCAUUUGACUGCCUUCCCGGUUGAAUUUUUAGUUGAGGUUUGGUAUGGGUAAACUAGACUUAAUGAAGAAGAUGCUCAAAUAAAUUCAUCAAAAAAUUCCACCAGGAACCGCCCCAAUUGGCGACGGCCGGGCAGAAUCUCCUAUAUAAGGGGCUAAUUGAACACUUUAAGUUAGUUCAUGUACCUAUUUGACCCUUUAGCCUAGUUAUAAUUAUUCUAUUAACAAUAGAUGCUUUAGAAGCCAUUGUUGAACAGGAUUAGUGACUUUAAGCAAUUCAUUAAUAUUAAUUCAUAUAGCUAACCAGAAAAUCUACAAUUAUUAACUACGAAAAAAAAAAUAGGAUAAAUACACCUUGCGAAUGAGAAGAGAGAGGAGUUCGCAUCAUGUUAAUGUGCGUGAUAUACUAACAUACACAAAAUCUAACACAUCAUUAACGCGAAUAAAUACAUAAAUAAAAACUCACCUUGUAGUCUUAGUCUUGUGAAUGAGAAGGGAUAAGAGAGAAUGAAUAGUCAUAGAAGAAAGGCGAUCAUCGCAUAAGAGAAGUGAAGAGUCUGAGAAGUUGUAAAAAAGAUUAGGGUUUUUGAGUGGGCCAAUGCCCCAACACAAUAAGUAAACCCUGAAAACACAAUUGUGUGCCUCAUGGCGUAGGCAUGUGCUAAAAAGGGCAUAAGCCUCUACUCUGGGGGUCGCCUUAAUGCGUUUGGUCCAGAAAUUGCUGAAGCGCACCGCAAGAUGCAAAGGCAUUGUACAAUUACUAACACUGAUCAUGAGUCAGUGAGUCAAAGUUGAUGAGCAUUGAACAGUACAGUUGAUAAUCCAACUGUCAAUAAUUAACUUCGCCGUUUAUCUAUAUAUAUACUUCAAGUAAAAAUGCUAUAUGUGACCCACUAUAGUCUAGUUUAUAUGUGAUUGACCCUAGUGAAAUGUCAACAGUUAAUGCAGAUGAAUGUUUUAUGACCCGGCUUCAGGAGAUGUCACUAGACUACCACUUCACUGUUGAGCAAGAAGUGGGCUCCUCAACAUGCUCAUUUUUCGGGUUCAAUGGGACUGCUGGUGUUUGGAGAAUACAUGCAUUAAAUGAUGCCGGGGGAUGGAAAGAUCGAACAACCGUGGAGGACAUGGACCUUGCAGUCAGAGCUAGCCUUAGGGGGUGGAAAUUUCUUUUUAUUGGUGACUUAGAAGUGAAAAAUGAACUUCCAAGCACCUUCAAGGCUUACAGAUAUCAGCAGCACCGUUGGUCUUGCGGUCCAGCUAAUCUCUUCAGGAAGAUGUUCAAAGAAAUCAUCCUUAGUGAGGUAAUAAUUAAAUUCAGUAAAUCAUUUUUUCAUAUGUCGUAUUAAUUAGGAGGAUUCAGAAAACUCACACAUGACCUUUCCUGCACAAUGCAGCGCGUAUCUCUAUACAAGAAAUUCCACUUGGUCUAUGCUUUCUUCUUCGUGAGGAAGAUCAUUGCACACUGGGUUACCUUUUUCUUCUACUGCAUUGUCAUGCCAGCCACUAUCAUCAUUCCUGAAGUGCAGCUCACAAAGCCAGUAGCCAUAUAUCUUCCUGCAACAAUAACAAUUCUAAAUGCAAUCUGCACAAGGAGGUCUCUCCACCUUCUUUUGCCGUGGAUAUUAUUUGAGAAUGUGAUGUCUUUGCAUCGGACUAAGGCUGCGAUAAUAGGGCUAUUAGGGGCAAACCGAGUCAACGAAUGGGUUGUAACAGAAAAACUGGGGAACACGGCUAAACAGAGGCAAAAUGGAAGAGCACCAAAAAGGCCAAGAUCCAGGUGUAUAGACAGGAUGAACCCGCUCGAGCUUACAAUGGGAAUGUACAUGCUGCAUUGUGCUUACAUUGACCUGUAUUACGGGAAGGACCAGUUUUACAUAUAUCUAAUACUGCAAGCAGCAGCUUUCUUUACAGUUGGAUUUAGUUUAGUUGGAACAUCUCCCAACUAAACCUCUGCAGGAACAUACAUAGGUUAAGAAAAGCGAACAUCUAAACUUCGGUGGUGAACAUCUAUAGGUGUGAAAGAAAAAUAAGCGUGAAAGUGUGACAUAGGAGUCACACCAGUAAUGCAGGGUUUCCCAUAGUCUGUUUUGGUUGUGCAAUGCAUCGUUGUCCAGUUUCUUUGUGUGUAAGUGUGAUUGCGUGAACGUGUUUAUGUUUUUCUUUCUUUUGAUUAAAUAAAGCUACUUUAGUGUGUA